GGUUUUGGCGGCAACUGUAAAGUUAAAAGGCCCAACAAGUUAGUUAAUAAUUUGAUUUUUUAUCUGAUACAUAAAAUGAAUAAACGACCAUCUAAUGAUGGGACGCCAAGUCCUUCUAAAUUCAUGAAAAAAUCCAAAGACAUCCAGAGACCCCCUGUUGGAAAUAUAGACCCUAUUAAAGAUACACUCAUAUUUCAAGAAUUAGAAUUGGACCACUACAUUGGCAAUCCAUAUCCAGGAAUGCCUGGUGCUCAGAGUGGUCCUGUACCCAUUAUCAGAACUUUUGGUGUUACGAAGAAUGGCAAUAGCGUAUGUUGUCACAUACAUGGAUUUUCCCCAUAUUUUUAUGUGAACGUGCCGCAGUCUUUUACAGAAACGGAUUGUAGACCAUUUAAGACAAAAUUAAAUGAAGUUGUUGUCGGGGAUAUACGUGGAGGUAAUAAAGACAACAUUACAGAUGCAGUGCUAGCAUUAGAAAUUGUUGAAGGAAAAAAUCUUGUUGAAUACACUGGUGAAGACAACCAGAAAUUCAUUAAAAUAACUGUUGCCCUUCCUAAGUUCAUACCAGCAGCUAAACGUUUAUUAGAAAAUCAGAUUGUAUACCAACCCCUGUCAUCCCAUUCAUUUACCUUCUUUGAGUCUAAUGUUGACAUAGAAAUGAGAUUUAUGAUAGACACUAAAAUUAUGGGAUGCUGUUGGCUCGAACUUCCUGCAGGAAAAUGGUACCAAAGAAAUAAAUUUACAAAGUUUCCUACACAAUCUAGAUGCCAACUUGAAGUAGACGUUUCAUGGGAGGAUUUCAUAGCUCAUUCACCUGAAGAAGAAAAUUGGUCUGAUGUUGCCAAAUUUAGGAUUCACAGUUUCGAUAUUGAGUGUGCAGGUAGAAAGGGAAUAUUUCCUGAACCAAAUAUCGAUCCAGUUAUCCAAAUUGCAAAUGUGGUCAGACUUCAUGGAGAAGAAGAUGUACUUAUAAGAAAUGUAUUCACUUUAAAUACUUGUGCUCCUAUUGGACAUGCAGAGGUGAAAUGUUUUGAUAAGGAGGGGGAUAUGUUAGAAGCAUGGGCAAAAUUUGUCAGAGCAGUAGAUCCCGAUAUAUUCACAGGAUACAACAUCAAUAAUUUCGAUUUUCCUUAUCUAUUGGACAGAGCCAAACAUCUCAAGUUGAAAGAAUUUGAUUUUCUUGGAAGAAUCCUAAACACAAGAUCUGUUGUCAAGGAAACUGUAACACAGACCAAAAUUGGUAAACGUACCUACAAAACUAUAAAUUUCGAGGGUAGAGUACCGUAUGAUAUGUUGAUGGUUACUAAAAGAGAUUUUAAACUGAGGUCAUAUACUUUAAACAGCGUUUGUCAGGAAAUUUUAGGUGAACAGAAGGAAGAUGUACACUACAGUAUUAUUACAGAUCUACAAAACGGGGAUGAUCAAACAAGAAGAAGGUUGGCUGUCUAUUGUAUCAAAGAUGCUGAUUUACCAUUGAGAUUACUGAAUCACGUCAGAAGUUUCACAAAUGAUGUGGAGAUGUCUAGGGUAACAGGCGUGCCUAUAACAAGUUUACUAACUAAAGGAGAACAGGUUAAAGUUGUAGCCCAAUUAUUGAGACAUGCUAGGGAAGCUGGAUAUUUUAUGCCUGUGUAUGGUUAUGGGCCGAGCUCAGAACAGUAUGAAGGAGCCACAGUUAUUGAACCAAUUCGAGGUUAUUACACAGAUCCCAUAGCCACCCUUGAUUUCAGUUCUCUAUACCCUAGCAUUAUGAUUGCCCACAAUCUUUGUUACACCACUCUAUUAAAGCCUAAUAUGCAGCAAAAUUUAGGGUUAACCGAUGAGCAAAUCACAAAAACGCCUGCCAAUUGUAUGUUUGUAAAAUCCUCGGUUAGACCAGGGCUUCUACCACAUAUUUUAAAACAUCUGCUCUCAGCAAGAAAGAAAACUAAGGCUCUGCUAAAAGAAACUACAGAUCCAGUCCUUAAAGCUGUUUUGGAUGGAAGACAAUUAGCCUAUAAGAUAUCCGCAAAUUCCGUAUACGGUUUUACUGGGGCUCAGGUCGGAAAACUGCCAUGCUUGGAAAUUUCUGGGAGUGUUACUGCCUACGGUCGAACGAUGAUCGAACAAACUAAGCAAGAAGUUGAGCAGCAUUAUUGCACAGCAAAUGGUUAUGAGGCUGAUGCUAAAGUUAUAUAUGGUGACACCGAUUCAGUUAUGGUUAAUUUCAAAGUAAAAACUUUGGAGAAAAGUAUGGAAUUAGGUAGAGAAGCGGCAGAAUUGAUCAGCAAAAAAUUCAUUCAACCCAUCAAGUUAGAGUUUGAAAAAGUUUAUUAUCCAUAUUUGCUCAUAAAUAAGAAGAGAUACGCCGGUUUAUAUUUUACAAAUCCAGAAAAAUACGACAAAAUGGACUGUAAAGGUUUAGAAACAGUGAGGAGGGAUAAUUGUACAUUAGUAGUUGAUGUUAUUAAUACAUGUCUACAAAAGCUGUUAAUCAAUAGAGACCCAGAUGAUGCAGUGAAUUAUGCCAAAGUAGUUAUUUCAGAUUUACUUCAAAAUAAUGUUGAUAUAUCAAAACUUGUCAUAACUAAGGAAUUAACAAAGGCUGAUUAUUCUGCAAAGCAGGCUCAUGUAGAAUUAGCCAAAAAAAUGACGAAGAGGGAUCCCGGAAAUGCUCCCAAACUCGGGGAUCGUAUACCUUACGUUAUAACAGCAGCUUCUAAAAAUGCCAAAGCUUUCGAAAAGGCAGAAGAUCCAAUAUAUGUGCUUGAAAAUAAUAUCCCAAUAGACACCAAGUACUAUUUGGAAAAUCAGUUAUCUAAACCAUUAAUUAGAAUAUUUGAACCAAUCUUAGGUGAAAAAGCUGAAUCAGUGUUAUUACGUGGAGAUCAUACUAGGACCAGGACAUUAGUGACAUCCAGAAUAGGUGCCUUAGCUGCCUUCACAAAGAAGAAAGAAACAUGUAUUGGGUGCAAGUCCGUGUUGCCAAAUGGCUACGAAUCGGAGGCAGUGUGCCAUCAUUGCAAACCAAAAGAAGGUGCACUGUACCAACAAGAGCUUUCCCAUCACCGAAUGCUAGAAGAUAGGUUUGCCCAACUUUAUACAGAAUGCCAAAGAUGUCAGGGUUCAUUACAUGAAGAAAUUUUGUGCAGCAGCAGAGAUUGCCCCAUUUUUUAUAUAAGAAAAAAGGUCCAGAUGGAACUGGAAUCCAGUGAUCAUAAAAUUUGUAGGUUUGGUCAGCCCGGACUGGAGCUGGAAGAGGAGUUGUUUUAAGUAUCUUGACUGUUCGCCAUUUAUUCCUCAUUAGAGUAGAUUUUGGCUUGUAUUAUAUUCAUUAAAUUUUUUUUACAGU